GCUCAAGGCUGAAAAUUGAAAUGCAGAAGCGACAUGCUGGAUAAAUGAGAAGAGCGCCAGGAUUUGCCGUUUGUGCUGCAGUGGUACCUAUCUCACAUUGUGAUUUGCCCGCAGUCAAGCAAGUGCCUAGAUCUGGUUGCUGAUUGAACGUCAGAACGCAAUGCAGGACUCAACAAAGCAUGACUCCAGCGCAGGCUUCGGUAAAGUGAACAAGGAGCAGGAAAGUUAUACAGACCUGCCUGCAGCAGCGCUGCCGCUGAUUCUACCACAUCUUGGUGGCGAUCUUUUCUUUGUUGCAGCUACCAGUGCAGUCUCCAGGGACUGGAGGAUAGCCGCUACAGAGGAACUCGCACAAUGCAGGAAGCUCAUCGUCCCAGAAUGCCUGGCCCCUGCUUUCAGCGACGAGAAGCUGAAGCAGGCUUUGAAGAGGAUGAGUCCCUUGGGCCCUUCGGUUCUGGACCUCAGCGAGUGUCACAGAUUGACAGACAUGAGUAUGCGCCAAGUAAUCUUGUCUCUCAGGGAGGUGCCAGAGGAAAUUUCCCUCAGAAACUGCUGCACGAUCUCGUGGCGCGGCCUCAAGCUUCUCUGCAGAAUGCUGAUGGCGUUGCACAGGGGCGAGCUUUAUCAGCGGCAGAUAGCAAACGACGAGCGGGACGAUGACUCGGAUGGCUGGAAGACGCCGUCCCUUGGGGACUACGACUCGGACACACCGUCCGAGCGCGGCGGCCUUUUCGACUCAGACACCAGCUCGGAUGGCUCGGGCCUGGAAGAAGUCCGCCGACGGAGGCCCUGGAACAGGAAGCGCUUCCAGCCAAUGAGCGUCGAGGUGGCCAGCGAUGCAAAGCCUUCGGGCGAAGAAGCAAACGUGUUGGACGACGUUUCGGACCUGUGGCACAAGGUUUUGGCAGCAGAGGAGCUCCCACCGGGCCGGCGGCCGCUGUGGUUUGAUCAGUUUAUAGGGUGGUCUUCCACGCAGCCGCAGCAGCCGAGCAUCGCGCGGGACGCCGCGUUUGCGUUUUCCGAUGACCAGCCUCCCACCAUCAUGAACCUGCCAGACGCUGCGGGGCUUGGUUCAGCAAGGUGGCGGCUUUGGAGGUUGAAGAUCGCGGGGGUCUCCUUCAAGGAAUGCACGCUCCCCAAGCUCCAGCGCUACUUCAUGUCGAUGCCACUCGUGUGGAAACUCCCGGACAAGUGGGGGGUCACCUUCGAUUGCGACCGGUGCAAGAAGUUCCUGUGCGAAUUGGAGGGCGACUCGGUCGAUGCUCAUUUCAAGUGCGGCCACCAGUUUUGCGACAAGUGCUUCGAGGCUCAUGAGGACAGGGCCUUCAUGUGCUCGAACUGCAGCGUGGGUCUCUGUCCGAUAUGCGACGACGAGUCCAAGCUGGCGGAGCGCCGCCGCUGCACUGGCGACACGUGUAAUCGCGGCUUUGUGUGCGGCACGUGUCUUCCCGCUCAAUUCUGCAAGUGCGAGAACGACGGAGAGGGGCUCCCGCACGUCGAUGGGAGCGCGCCCAAAUAUCUUCCGCUGUGCAAGAAGUGUUUCAAGGAUAAGCGUCCUUUUGAAUCUCGAACGGGGGAGUACAAAAGCUACGAGGACAGCUACCCACAUGUCUUUUGUACAAAGUGCGGUCUUCUGAAGCCAACCACGGAAGAGCCGGCCGAGGGGCAGCUCUCGUUUCCGCAAGUCUCGUCAGAAUCCGUGGCAAGCUGGUUCUUGAAGGACCGCCGGCGUCCCUCAGUGGCUGCCCAAAAGGACCAUGUGCCUGGAAAGGCGGACGAGGGGGAGACUUCUACAGCCAAAUGCCUUUGGCAGGACGAAUCUGAGGAAGAGUUUGAGGAAGAGUGCCAAAGGCAGCAAGACGAGGCUUACGAAGCAUAUCUGCGACGUCAUAACUGA